AUGGGAUACGGAGAUUGGACCCAAAUCACCAUCCAGAACAAGACCGACAUCAAGUUGCAGAUCAAUAAUUCUCAGCUUCGUUGGGGCAAGUUCUACAACUGCGAGGGCGCUCCCAACUUGGAUACCGAGAUAUCCAUCGACAAGGACGUACCCGCGAAGGGCUCGUACAUGGUGGGCUCUUGCGGCCGUGAAAACACCUGGAGCGGCUGCGACGGAGAAUUCAGCCUCUACGACACGACCACCGGGAAGACCAUCUUCACUGUUUAUUUCAUCAGCCCUCACGGAAGCUCGCCGAAGAUUUUCCGGGUCGCACGCCAGCUCGACGGUUGGUACUUCAACUAUAACGUUGAUUUGCUUGGUGCCGGACCUCUUGGCAGCGUCAUUUUGGAGGUCGUCUACGUUGGUGCUUGA